CGAUCAGUUGUUAUAGAGCGGUCGACGGGUAAUGAACUCUCAGUUUAAAUAAAUAUUAAUCAGACACCAAUUAAAAAUAAUAACAAAAUACAUAUUUUUACGAUACAUGUCACAACAUGCGAAUUUUAUUCUACAAUCUGGAUAUACAUAAAUUAUAAGUUAAAAUCUAAAAACUAUUACGAACCGGUUAAAUAAAAAUACAUACUACAUAUAUUGUAAUAUAAAUAUUUUACGUGAAUAUGGAACCCACUGUAAACAGCAUUUCAGCUACUGUUGAUUUCAGUGCACCGAACAAUAAAUCACCUGACGUCCAUAGCAUCGAUAAAGAUGAAUUUACUUUGGACUCUAUCCUCAUACGUAUUGGACAAUUUGGAAAAUUUCAAUUGCUCAUUUUUGUUCUCAUUUGCAUACCCAUGAUGUUUAAUGCCAUAUUCUCAGUAACUUAUGUUUUCACAGCCAGCACAGUGACUUAUAGAUGCAACAUUACAGAAUGCGAUACUGCCAACAGCCAUUACGAUGAACCGUGGACUCUGUUUUCAAUACCCAAUAGAAGUAAUAAUUUGGAUCAAUGUAAACGCUACAUGAACAGAUUACAAGAGAAUACUACAACCACAGCUCCAAUACUCUACGGCAUUACUGACAGUGACAGUGCUAUUUAUGGUGAUACUUGCAAAGCUGAUAAUUUCGAUCAAAAUCAAAUCGAAAUAUGUAGCAGCGAUAAUUUAAUAUUUCGCGAUAAUGAAGUCACAAUUUCAAAUGACUUUAACAUUUUUUGUUCUGAUGAAUGGAAACUCUCGCUGGUCGGCACUCUUAACAACAUUGGACAAUUUGUUGGCAUUCCUAUUGGAGGCUUUAUUUCAGACAGAUAUGGACGCGUUACUGCACUCGCCUUGGGCGGAUUCGUUGCGGCAUUUUUAGGUAUAAUCCGUUCAUUUGCAACGUCGUACACAUUUUUUGUUAUAUUCGAAUUUUUGGACAGCAUGGCUUCCAGCCCUCUAUAUUCCAUAUGCUUUAUCGUGGGCAUAGAGCUUGUUGGUCCGAAGAGACGUGUUAUUGCGUGCAGUUUAAUUACGAUUUUCUAUGCUAUUGGAGAAAUGUUAUUGGCCAUAUUUGCCAAGUACUAUCCAAACUGGAGAGUAUUGUUGCGCAUAAUGUAUAUACCAGCAUUAUCGUUAGUCGUGUACUUUUGGAUAUUACCGGAGAGUGUGAGAUGGCUCUUGAGUCAAAGUAGAGAAGAUGAAGCUAAGAAUAUUUUAAAACGUGCAGCAAAAGUAAAUAAGCGCAAACUGUCUGAUCACUCAUUGGAUAAGUUGAUGUUGGCGAAUCGUGAAAAACUUCAAAAUGUUACGGAGGGGAAAUUUCCAAUAAAAGAAGCUUUCUCGAAACUAUUUUGGCGUAUAGCCAACUGUUCAUUUUGUUGGAUUGUAAAUGUUUUAGUUUACUAUGGACUGAGCUUAAACGCUGUUCUACUGGAUGGAAACAAGUAUAAUAAUUUUAUUUUUAUAGCCAUGGUCGAAAUUCCAGGUUUUUUGCUACCACUACUGAUUAUGGAUCGUUUUGGCAGAAGAUAUUCACUUUUUGGCUGCAUGUUCAUUAGCGGAUUGUGUUGUUUGGCAACGAUUUUUAUGCCACCUGAAUCUCACAAUCUACAAUUAUCUCUAUUUUUGAUCGGUAAAUUAACAAUUACGGCCAGCUUUCAAGUUUUAUACUUUUUUACCUCAGAAAUAUUCCCCACGAAUUUACGCAAUAGCUUACUAUCAUUCUGCUCGAUGAUGGGUCGAUUUGGUUCAAUGGUGGCGCCACAAACUCCACUUCUUGCUAAAUAUUAUGAAAAUGCUCCUGCAAUUCUAUUUGCUGCAACUGCCAUCGUAAGUGCAUUCUUAUCGUUGUUGUUCCCAGAAACAACCAAUUUAAUUCUACCAACAACAAUGAAGGAGGCGGAUAAUAUUGGCGCCUCAAAGGAGAAAAAAUCCUCUAACAAUGUCACCAGUAUCCCCUUAUAGUACAUAAUGAAAUUUUGUAAUUAUAAAUUUAGUUUUUAUACCACAUUUGGAAUAUUCAUACAAAUAUAUACUACUAUACUUAUGCUAAUGCAAAAUAUUGUACCUGCACCCCUGCAAGUAUGUAAUGCAAAUGACAAUAAAUUACUGCUAUUUUUUUUAAGAAUGCUAAA